GAGGGGGUGGGGGGAGAGAGGGAGAGAGGGGGAGAGAGAGAGAGAGAGCUAUAUCAUCACAAAGCUCGCAGGCGGCGUGUGAAUUGAUGGUGUCCAUACUCUCCUCUUUCUCUUAUCUCCUGCCCCUAAGCUAAGCGAAGACCGAGAGUUAAAGAAAAGAAAGAGAGAGGGGGAGGGGGUGGGUGGGAGAGGAGAAGGUUUCGCUGUCGAUCCCGAGAUCUGACCGGGGAUCGCCGGCCGACAGAUGCGGAGAUGGACUUCGACGACCACGACGAGCCGGAGGAGGAGAUCGGGCUGCCGGUGGGCUCCGGCUACGAGCCUCCGCUGGGGAAUUCCAUGAGAGGCGCCGCUGGAGGAGGGAAAGUCGCCGGCGGAGGAGGAGGAGGGGAAGGUGGGAUGGUGUCAGCCGGGGCGCCGCCGGGUUCAAGUAACCGGAAGGUGAGCGGUGGGGGAGGCGGAGGGAGGUAUAGAGAGUGCCUCAAGAACCACGCCGUGAGCAUCGGAGGCCACGCCGUGGACGGAUGCGGGGAGUUCAUGGCGGCCGGCGAGGAGGGGACAUUGGACGCGCUCCGCUGCGCUGCCUGCGGCUGCCACCGGAACUUCCACCGGAAGGAGGUGGAGGGUGGCGGCGCCGCUGGAGCUGGCGCGCUCGGGGCGGAGUACCACCACCAGUUCUCCCCCUACUACCGGACGCCGGCGGCAUACCUGCAUCCCCAUCACCACAUGGCGGCGGCGGCGGCGGCCGCGCAGCAGCAGCACCGGCCGCCGCCGCUGGCGCUGCCGUCGACUUCCGGCGGUGGGGGGCACAGCAGGGACGAUCAGGAGGAUAUUUCGAACCCGAUGAUGGGCGGCGGAGGCAUCGGCGUCAGCGGCGGAGGGGGGGCGUCGGGGUCGGGGAAGAAACGGUUCAGGACCAAGUUCACGCAGGAGCAGAAGGAUCAGAUGCUGGCGUUCGCGGAAAGGGUAGGGUGGCGGAUCCAGAAGCACGACGAGGCGGCGGUGCAGCAGUUCUGCAACGAGACGUGCAUCAAGCGCCACGUGCUCAAGGUCUGGAUGCACAACAACAAGCACACCCUCGGUAAGAAACCCUAGCUCCUUCGCCACACCCACCACACUACUGUUAGAGAUCGAAGGGAUCGGGUGGGAGUUAGGGUUUCUUACCUAUCUUUGCUUCUUUGCUUCUUUCUAUCUAUAUUCCUAGGCUAUGCUGCUUAUCUUCUUCUCUCUAGCUGGGAAGUGCUUAAAUUAUAUCCUUCUCUUUAAAUCUAGCAGUAGUGCUAUUUGUGGUUCUUCUUUCCCUCUCUCUCUCUUCGAUUUUAUGGUCUUGAUGGGGUGGGGGCGGGGUGUGGAAGGAACUGGUGGUUGAUGGUUUCAAUGAAUAUGAUCCUGGGGAUGGGGAGAGUGGUCGUUGUGGGUGCAAGGGAAGGUGCGGAGUAUGGGCUUUUGCUCAUUAACUUGGUGGUGCUGUAUGUCGUAGUUAACAUUUGAAACUUGUGGAAUGGGGAGGUAAUGAAGAUGGAUGCAGGAGAGGGAGGGAACGAGGGAAGAGAGAAGAUUGUUGUAUGAGAAAGAGAGACUGGUUUCUUGGGGAAAGUGUGGGUAGUGAUCGGUACUAUUGGAUUCCCCUCUCUUUUAUUUCUUUAUUUUCUUCUCUAGCUCAUCUUCUGAUGCUUUGUAUGUAUCUCUUAAGAACGACAGUAGUUCCACGAGCUGUUUUAUGAGACUCGAAACGUGUCCUCCAUGCAAUGCUCUACCUGCAUUUUCGACUA